AUGCCCGCCGACGCGGCUGGCACCAGUACAUGUCCUAACUUUUCUUCUUCUGUUCGGAAAUACAUGAAACUGGCAGGUAAAGCCACUGGCAGAUGGCUCACGGUUGACGGCGCUUUUCGACAUGAUGGCACGUUUGUCGAUGGCAUUACGCCAGGUGCUCGCAUCAGGAAGCAUUCCCAGGCACAAGUUGUUUUUUUCCCGGUUUGUGAAGAUUUCGAAGAGAGUGAAAGCAUCACAAUGCCUGGUCGACCUAUUGGUGGACUCAUGACCUUUCUUGUACGCAGGCUCUCACUUUCCAAAACAGAUUCGAACAAAUACGCGCGUUCCGAUGAUUGGCCAGAUUGGCCAGAUUGGCACAAGGCACGCUACUUCUGUAUCUCUUCGGUCGCGAGAGUGAUUAUUGUCCGCUUUAGAACCGACGACAUACAUUGUUUCGAGUUCCUUCCCGUCCUUGUGGAAGGCACGAAGAGGUAUAUGCACAUUACUACACAGAAGAGACAUAUUGCUUGGCAAAUCCAUCUCAAGUCCUUCGUUGAGCGUACGGAUUGUGUUCUUAACGCACUGGAGACGCGAUAUUCACAGCAGGGAGAAGGAGAGGGUGUUGCCGUUGCUGUGAAAGAGUUGAGGACUGCUACAAGCGAUGUGUUUGAAGAGUUGCGUCCUUACAACUGGGAGAGACAAGUAUCGCGACUGAAACAAUAUUGA